GCGGUCGCGUUGUACGACUUUGAGCCGGAAAACGCCAACGAGAUUGCCCUAACGGCGGGCCAAAUUAUCUAUGUAAGCUACAGGCACGGCCAGGGCUGGCUUGUGGCCGAAGAUCCCGCUACCGGCGAGAACGGCUUGAUUCCAGAGGAGUAUGUUCAGUUCAUCGAG